UCUCCCAGUCUCCUAGGCGACCAGGUGAGAGAGCUCGCUCGCCGUACAGGUGAGGCAGCAGUGUCGGGGUUGGAGCCACCUGGAUUACCUGUCAGCCGAUCGCUCCCAGCACCGCUCCACGACUCUACCCCUGCCGCAGAUACUGCCUAGAUGUCAGCAGCAGCAGCGGGCAGCUCUGCUCAAUGAGAUUCCUCGAAACAUGGGCCAACUACAUGAAGAAAACAGACACCAACAAAGAGGAAAUAAAGUCACCUGGAGGUCCUCAGGCUUCCAUGACACUCGCCAACGGAUACGUGGAGAGCCCGGUCAGGACCCAGGCGGGGGCGGAGGUGGCCGCGCAGAGUGGACCUGCGCCUGAGCCCCCGGCUCCGCUCCCAGAGCAGCCGCCGGCCCGCGGUGGCUGGGGCGGCAAGCACGAGUUCCUGCUCAGCUGCAUCGGCUACUGCGUGGGGCUGGGCAACGUGUGGAGGUUUCCUUACCUCUGCUACCGCAAUGGAGGAGGCGUGUUCCUCAUCCCCUACUGCAUCAUGAUGAUGGUGACGGGAUUGCCGCUCUUCCUGAUGGAGUUGAGUCUGGGCCAAUAUGGCGGCACCGGGCCCAUCACCGUGUGGAAGUGCUGCCCCCUGCUGAAAGGGAUCGGCAUUGGAAUGUUGGUGGUGGCCUCCCUGGUAUCUCUGUACUACAAUGUCAUCAUCGCAUGGACCUUCUACUACCUAGGCAGCUCCUUCCAGAACCCCCUGCCCUGGUCUUGUGAAGCCCCAGCAAACUUCCACCUGUGUCAGAAUCUGACAGCCAACCGCAGCUCUUUGAGUGCCAGUGAAUUCUUCUGGAAUGAGCGUGUGCUGGGACUACCCCACAGUGCAGGGCUGCAGGACCCGGGGCGGGUUCGCUGGCAACUGGCCUUGUGUCUCCUGGUCGCCUGGGUCUUCAUCUUCUUCUGCUGCCUGAAGGGGAUUCGCAGCUCAGGCAAGAUGGUGUACGUGACGGCCACAUUCCCGUACCUGGUGUUGAUCGUGUUGAUCAUCCGCGGCGCCACGCUGCAGGGGUCACUGCAAGGGGUUCAGUUCUACCUCAGCACCGACUGGCGGCGACUCGGCAGCGCCCAGGUGUGGAACGACGCUGCCUCCCAGAUAUUCUAUUCGUUGGGCAUCGGCUUUGGAGGUCUGCUGUCCAUGGCAUCUUACAACAAGUUCGACAACAAUGUGGUCAGGGACACGUUGAUCAUCGUCACCGGCAACUGCGUCACCAGUUUCAUUGCCGGCUUCGCCAUCUUCUCCAUCCUGGGACACAUGGCGUGGAAGAAGGGCGUGGCGGUCAGUGACGUGGCGGACACGGGUCCAGGCUUGGCAUUCGUGGCUUACCCAGAGGCCCUGGCGCUCCUGCCCGGUUCCUUCAUCUGGUCUAUUCUCUUCUUCCUGAUGCUCUUCACCCUGGGGAUCGAUACCCUGUUUGGGAACCUGGAGGGAAUCACGACGGCUGUGCUGGACGAGUUCCCAGCGCUCCGGCAGCCCAGGCGGAAAGCCAUGUUCCUGGCUGCCCUCUGCUUCGUCUUCUACCUGCUGGGACUGCUGCUCGUCACAGAGGGGGGUAUCUACUGGUUCACACUGAUCGAUGCCUACAGCACCAGCUUUGGACUCAUCAUUAUCACCUUCUUCAUGUGUCUCGGCAUUGCCUUCUUCUACGGGGUCAACCAGUUCUGUGACGACAUUGUGGACAUGCUGAGGCUUUGCCCGCCCUGGUGCGUCAACAUGCUGCUCUACUUCAAGGCCUGCUGGAUUCUCUUCACACCUCUCCUGCUGCUGUUUAUCCUGAUUUACAUCUUUGUGGAGAUGUACAACACGCCGCUACACUACGGCCCGUACGAGUACCCAGCCUGGGGCCGAGCGCUGGGGGUGUGUCUGGGGGUGGUCAGCUGCAUACAGAUCCCCAUCUGGUCAGUCGUGGCCGUGGUCAGCGAGUCCGGCACCCUGCGUGAUCGCUUCCGGAAGGCCAUCCGACCCUUGAACUCCUGGAAGGUGACCGGCGGCGACCGGACCUUCACCCAACACAUCAUCGACGUCCCCUUCCACGUCACCCUGACCGACCACGAGUUCACCAACGAGGGCCCGGGCUUCAGUGGCCAGAGCGGCAGGCCUGGGCCUGAGUGACCCGGUGGCCGUGGGCCCAGGCUCAGAGGUCAGGGGUUAGUGGCUGGAGGGCUGGGGGGGUCAUUGCCUGGACUGGCCGGGACCAGCCACAAGACGUGGCAAUGGGUCAACCCCCAAUGACCUCUGACCUGGGCCCUGGGUCAAUGCUCAGACCACUCCCGCUGACCAGUAUUGAGGAUGUCUAGACUCAUGGCUCAAACACGGACUGCUCCACCAUCUCAGGGUGCGAUACAAGCGGGGGGCCAGGCAGCUGCUGGACCGGCCUGUCGCGGCCCCUGGCCCUGGAAGCACAGACUACAUCGUCCAGUACUCCCACUGCCCACCCACCCACCCACUCACCCACCCACUCACUCACCCACUCACCCACCCACCUUGCACUGAGGCAGGAACAACAACAGGAUCUAAUGCCCCACGACUGGAACUUGGAAACGGUGCCCAACAUGCAACUCUGCACGCCGCCUCAGUGUAUACGACUGCCGUACACUUGUACUGUAUCUGAGAUACACAGAAACAUGGUCAAUAGGUGCAGGAGUAGGCCAUUCAGCCCUUCGAGACAGCACCGCCAUUCAAUGUGAUCAUGGCUGAUCAUCCCCAAUCAGUACCCCGUCCCUGCCUUCUCCCCAUAUCCCCUGACUCCGUUAGCCCUAAGAGCUAAAUCUAACUCUCUCAUGAAAACGUCCAGUGAAUUGGCCUCCACUGCUUCUGUGGCAGAGAAUUCCACAGAUUCACAACUCUCUGGGUGAAAACGUUUUUCCUCAUCUCAGUCCUGAAUUGCCGACCUCUUAUUCUUAAACUGUGUGUGACCCCUGGUUCUGGACUCCCCCAACAUCGGGGAACAUUUUUCCUGCAUCUAGCCUGUCCAAUCCCUUAAGUAUUCUAUGUGUUCCUAUAAGAAUCCCGCUCAUCCGCCUAAAUUCCAGUGAAUAUAAGCCAUGGAUAAUGCUGAUGUAAGAUGUAUCUCAGAGCCUUUGCAUAUUGAUGCUUGUACUGAACUGAUACAGGAAUGAAUUUCACUGUACCUUGCUAUGUGAAAUAAAGUACAUUAUCAUUGUAGG